UGCGAGAAAUGCAAUGACACAACCGAAUCGCGCAAUGUAUCCUGUCAAGAUCAGAACGGCCGGGUGUAUCCUGACGAAAAGUGCGCGGAGGAGCGACCAGUCGACGAACGGGAAUGCGCAACCGUCGUUCCAUGUGUGUAUCUGUGGCACUCGUCUCAGUGGUCGAAAUGUUCAACAAAAUGCGGCCACGGCCAUAUGACUCGCUCUGUCGUUUGUGCCAUAGAAGAAGACAAACGUUUGCUCAAGGUGGACGAAACGCACUGCGAUCCGAAUUUCAUGCCCCACAGCACGCAGAACUGCACCAGCGAGGAAAAGUGCACCGGCACCUACUUCACCUCUCUGUGGAGUAAGUGCUCAGUACCUUGCGGAGGCGGCAUUCAGAACAGAACUGUUCUUUGCUUCGAUUACGACUUUCGUCUAAACCCGGACAUGUGUGACGAAUUGGAUAAACCGGUUGAGACGCAGAUCUGCAACGAGCAACCAUGUGAAAACUGUACGGACACCAAGUUUGGUUGCUGCCCUGACAACGUCACCAUUUCCCAAGGACCGUAUUUCGAAGGCUGCACCAACUGCUCGCUAUCUGAGUUUGGCUGCUGUCCGGACAACAUAACGGCCGCUGCUGGCCUUAACUUUGAUGGCUGUUUACUAGAAGAGCUGAUGGAUGAAGUUGAAGGCUCUGGCGAACACGUAGCUAACGAAACUACGGAAGAACCUCAUGAAAGCGUAACAGCCAAUGUUACAAAAAUAGAGCUGUGCAGUUACAUCAGCACUGAUGGUACCACAAUCGAAAUGCCAUGCGUGAACAUCACCGAUGAGGCAAUAAUUAACGAAAGUUUGGCGGCUACGAACGAAACGUUUGAAAACGUCACCGUUGAGGUUCACUGUUCAAAAUCGAAGCACGGAUGCUGUCCCGAUUGGUAUACGCCAGCAGAGGGGCCUGAAAAUGAAGGAUGUCCCGUGUAUGAGCUUGGCAACUGCCACCAAAAUGAAACCAAGUUCGGCUGCUGUCUGGAUAACAUAACUCUGGCACGAGGGCCAAAAUUCGAAGGCUGCGGCGAGUCGUCUUGCUCUGCAUCUCUUUACGGAUGCUGCCAAGACAGGCGAACGAUAGCGUUUGGUCCUCAUUAUAAAGGUUGCGAAAGGUCCACGCUGACCUGCGAAUCGAGCACGUUUGGCUGUUGUCCCGAUGGCAAGACUGCUGCCCUCGGACAUAAGGGAGAAGGAUGUGAGGAAAACUGUCUCCUUUCGAAAUAUGGCUGCUGUCCCGACGGUGCCACUUCCGCUAAAGGAACUCAUUUCCUGGGCUGUGGUUGUGCUUUUACGCAGUACGGUUGUUGUCCCGAUGGCAAAACGUCAGCCACUGGCCCCACGUUCUACGGUUGUCCUGAGUCUUGCAUUGUUUCAUACUAUGGAUGCUGCCCCGACAUGAAAUCGUACGCUAAAGGGCCAAAUUUCGAAGGUUGUCCUUGCGCAUAUACUCGCUACGGUUGUUGUCCCGAUGGAGUCACAUCUGCCAUAGGGCCAGAUAAUGAAGGCUGUUUCAACUGCAGCAUCACCAGGUUUGGUUGUUGUCCUGAUAGGAAAACGCCUGCCGGGGGUAUAAAUUUUGAAGGCUGCUUGAUGUACGUCGAACCAAGCGAGCCGCUGACUCCACAAGUUACCACUCCGACAAUAGUUGAAAGUACUCAGCCAUUCUUUUUGAACAGAAUAGCUAGCUGUAUCCUUCCCCCAGAGACAGGCAGCUGUGCCGAUUAUGAAUUGAAAUGGCACUAUGAUUCCAGGGAGGGCAUUUGUCAGCAGUUUUGGUACGGGGGUUGUGACGGCAACGAAAAUCGUUUCGCCACGGAACAGGAGUGUCGUGAUACCUGUAUCUCACCACCUGGAAAUGCCGUAUGCUACCUGCCAAAAAUAGCUGGUAGCGAAGCCUGUACUACCGUUACAGACAGGUGGUUGUAUGACGUUCAGCGAGGCGACUGUGUGACGUUCCAGUUUCGAUGCAACGGCAAUGCGAACAACUUCGACAGUUACGACGAAUGCUUUAGUAAAUGUGGUUCAGUCGAACUUGGGGACAUAAACCUGCCGAUCACGAUGUCAAUAAAACCUCCUCAUGUAGAGCUUCAUACUCCAGCUCCGAUCGCCACCCUCACUACGCCAGAGCCAGAAGUGGAAAUCGCAACGCCUGCCAUUAACCCUUGCAAGAUGCCUGUUGACCCGGGACAGUGUCAUGAUAGAAUCGAGCAGUAUCACUAUGACAGGACGAUCGGCGAAUGCGAGCCAUUCGUAUGGACCGGCUGUGGCGGCAACGCGAAUCGUUUCAAUUCCAAAAGUGAAUGCGAACAGCACUGCAUCAAGCCUCUUGGUACAGUUGUACGCCAACUUCGCGUGAUAAUUAUUCGCUACUUUUCUCUCUGGGUAGAUUAUAUGUGUUCGGUAAGCAAAGACCCAGGACCAUGCGACACGUACGUGGCCAAAUGGUAUUUCAACGCUGAGGAUGGGACGUGCGGCCGCUUCUACUACGGCGGAUGUCAGGGUAACGACAAUCGCUUCGAAACACUCGAUGAAUGCGAAGAGCAUUGUGCCAGCAGAACAGACCCUUGCUCACUACCUGCAGCGCCAGGUCCAUGUUCUGAUAGGCAAGUCAGGUUUUACUACAACCUAAAGAGCCGGCGUUGUCAACAGUUCACGUUUGGCGGUUGUUUGGGCAAUUCGAAUAACUUCCGGUCGCUCGAGCAGUGCCAGAAAAAGUGUGAAAAGGUCGAAGGAAGAGUAAUCGGCGGAAAGUUGGAAGAGUUCUUUGGUACAACGCCUGCCGAACCUGCCAGAGCCGAUAUCUGUGCCUUGAAUCGAGAUCCGGGACCGUGCCGAGGCUAUCAUCCAAUGUACUACCACGACUUUCAGCUCAAGCAGUGCUUCCCGUUCAUAUACGGUGGAUGUCGAGGAAACUUGAAUCGCUUUUCUACUAUUGAGGGUAUCUGUCAACUACCGCCGGUAACUGGCGUUUGCAAGGCGGCAAUUCCAAGAUGGCACUACGAUUCUCGUGAUGACAGAUGCCAUGAAUUUUUGUUCGGUGGCUGCGGCGGAAACGAAAAUAAUUUCGGCAGCGAAGAAGAGUGCGAAAGAGCCUGCGGAGAUUACAAGCGCAGAGGCGCAUUAGAACGACCGCGGGACGGUCUGCAGGGCACUCUGUACACCGAGAAGCCACUGGUGCCUCGUUAUUACCCUUAUCCCAGUUCCGUGUUGCCCGAUCUCUGUACCCAACCUCAAGACCCAGGUGCUUGCUACGGUCGUACUUUGAGAUGGUACUAUGACAGCGAAAAAAUGCAGUGCGCGACGUUUCUCUAUUCUGGCUGCAAAGGCAACAGCAAUCACUUCUUGUCGGAAGAGUCCUGCGAACGAGCCUGCGGCUUAUACAGGGACCAAGACGUUUGCACUUUGCCCCCGGAUGAAGGUCCCUGUCUGGCAUCGGUGCAGAAAUGGUACUACAAGACUGAUUCCAAUGCCUGUGAAACGUUUGUCUUCGGAGGCUGUGAGGGAAACGGAAAUCGAUUCACGAGCAAAGAGGAAUGUGAAAAUACAUGCGUGAGGGACACUGAUCGAAUUGUGGAACAAAUAGUACGCGCUUUAGACGUGUGUUCUUUAAACCGAGACCCUGGACCUUGCCUUGAGCCGGUCAGCCAAUGGUAUUUCGACAACGUGAACGAUGAAUGUAAACUAUUCACGUACGGUGGCUGCCGCGGCAACGAAAAUCGUUUUAACACCAAAGAGGAAUGCGAAGCCAGAUGCCUUCCUGCAACAGCCCCACCACCCGCUGUUGCUGACGAAGACAUCUGUUACCUGGAGUUCGAUGUUGGACCGUGCCGUGCCGCGUUCCGCAAGUGGUAUUUUGAUUCUAAAUCGCACAAAUGCCGUGAGUUCAUCUACGGAGGAUGUCUUGGCAACGGCAACAGGUUCGACAGCGAACAGCAGUGUAUUGACAAAUGUGGUCAGGUGGCCAAGAAGGCUUAUGAUCGAGUCAAGCCAAGUAAGCGUCGUUUUUUAUCGCGAUCUCUAAAACGAACAUGCAUUCAAUGACA